CGACAUUUUCUUUCAUCUGCAUUCAGAAACAGAGUCUCCCACCCAUUUAUCCAUGAAAUGUUGCUUCCAACUACUAACUUCAACACCUUCUUCACUCCUUCUUCUCCAUUCUUCUUCCCUUUUCAUUUCCCCAAAACCCCUUCCAAAUUCACUAUUCGCACCUCCUCUUCUAAUUCCCACACCCUCCCUGAUUCCGCCAUUCAACGCAUCGCCGAUAAACUCCAUUCACUCGGCAUCAUCACCACCACCACCGGCCACUCCUCUUCCUCCUCCACAACCUCCACCACCACCGCCGGUGAAAUCUUCCUUCCCUUACCACACACACUCCCAAAAUACCGCGUCGGUCACACACUCGACCUCAGCUGGAGCACACCGGAGAAUCCAGUUCCUCUCGUUGGCGCAGGACUCGAGAAAUUGAGCGAGAAUGAAGUUGAGAGAGCGCGUUUGGCGAAGGAGAAGAAGAGGGAGGAGAAGAGGAAGAGAGUACCGACGUUGGCAGAGUUGAGUUUGACGGAUGGGGAGAUAUUGAGGUUGAGAGAAUUAGGGUAUCAGAUGAAGCAGAAGAUUAAGGUUGGGAAAGCCGGUGUAACGGAAGGGAUUGUUAAUGGAAUUCAUGAACGGUGGCGAAGAUCGGAAGUUGUUAGAGUUGUUUGUGAGGAUCUUUGUAGGAUUAACAUGAAAAGGACUCAUGAUAUUUUGGAGAGAAAAACUGGAGGACUUGUUGUUUGGAGAUCUGGAAGUAAAAUAAUAUUGUACAGAGGGAUUGAUUAUAAGUAUCCUUACUUCCUAUCAGAUGAAGUUUUGAGAGAAGAAGAAAGUGAUGCAUUGCAACCUAUGGACAGUGAUGAUGAAAGUAUUGAUGAAAGAAAGACCCAUUCAUCUGAAAUGAGUUCAGCCACACAUGCAGGACAAAGUUCAAACAUCAAAACCGUAAAACCAGCUUUGGUACAAGGAGUCGGUACUCCCAAUAGAGUGAGAUUUCAACUGCCAGGUGAAGCAGAGCUUUUAGAAGAAGUAGACAGCUUGUUAGAGGGUCUUGGGCCUCGAUUUACGGAUUGGUGGGGGUAUGACCCUGUGCCUGUUGAUGCUGAUCUUCUACCUGCCGUUAUUCCUGGAUUUAGGCCGCCUUUUCGCCUACUUCCAUAUGGUGUGCAGUCUAAGCUAACGGAUGAUGAAAUGACCACAUUGAAGAGACUUGGCAGAACUUUACCAUGCCAUUUUGCAUUAGGUAGAAAUUGGAAACUUCAAGGAGUGGCUGCUGCGAUUAUCAAGUUCUGGGAAAGAUGUGAGAUUGUCAAUAUUGCAGUAAAAAGAGGUGUGCAGAAUACUAGCAAUAGGAAAAUGGCUGAAGAGAUUAAGUAUCUGACUGGAGGAACUCUCCUUUCUCGGAAUAAAGAAGUUAUUGUCAUUUACAGAGGAAAGGACUUCUUACCUGCUGCAGUUUCUUCAGCAAUUAAAAAGAGAUGGAAAGCUGUAAAAAAUAAAGAAAAUGCUGAAAAUAGAUCAGCAAUUACAGCUUCUUCACAUUCUGAAAGAAAGCAUAUGACAUUCAUUAAAGAUAAAGAAACCAUUGAAAAGCCAUUAUUGAUGAAGGCUAAGGCAGCUAUUCAAAGGACUAGCUUCAAAUUGGCACAGGCACUAGAGAAGAAAGAGAAAGCUGAAAAACUUUUAGAAAGUCUGGAAAAAGACGAGAGUCUUCAAGAAGAAGAAAUAGAUAAAGAGAGUAUUACUGAAGAAGAGAGAUACAUGUUGCGGAGAAUUGGCUUGAAGAUGAAGCCCUUCUUGUUGCUAGGAAGACGAGGGGUUUUUGAUGGGACAGUGGAAAAUAUGCAUCUUCAUUGGAAAUAUCGGGAACUUGUGAAGAUAAUAUGUAAUCAAGAAAGCGUGGAAUAUGCCCACCAGACAGCUCGGACCUUAGAGGCAGAAAGUGGUGGAAUAUUAGUAGCAGUAGAGAGAGUGAACAAGGGCUACGCAAUCAUUGUUUAUCGUGGAAAGAAUUAUAGUAGGCCGGAUAGUUUGAGGCCGCGAACACUUCUAAAUAAAAAGCAAGCAUUGAAGCGUUCAAUAGAGGCACAACGCCGUGAGGCGUUGAAGCUUCAUGUUUUGAAGUUAGACAAGAACAUAAAUGAAUUGAAGCAUCAAAUGGUUAAAGAUGAGGCUAGCAGUGAGCAGAUAGCUAAAGAGUUGAGAUCGGACUUGGCUACAGAAAAUUCUCCAGAAGAAGCUUCUGUUGACAAUCAACAACCUAUACAAGAGCAGCACAUUGAGCUGAUUGGUAGUGGUGGAGAAUGUCAAGGUGAACCAGAAUCCUUGACUGGUUUGGUUCAUCAAGAAAGACAGGCUACAAAAAAUUCUCUAGAAGAAGCUUCUGUUGACAACCAACAACCUAUACAAGAGCAGCACAUUGAGCUGAUUGAUACUGGUGAAGAAUGUCAAGGCGAACCAGAAUCCUUGACUGGUUUGGUUCAUCAAGAAAGACAGUUGGAUGAAGUGGAUGAUUUUGUGGUUGAUACUGGGCACAGUGUUUCUACUAACAAAGCAAGUGAAGGAUCAAUCAUAUCAUUCAAAAGUGAUCCGGAACCAUCAGCUCCUGUGAUAAAUGAGAAUUCAAACGAGUUUCCUUCUAGUUUGGUUCAUCCAAAAAGGCAGUUGGAUGAAGUGAGUGAUUCUGUGGUUGAUACUGGACAUAGUGUCUCUACUAACGAUGCUAUGGAAGCAUCGAUUAUAUCAUUUAAAAGGGAUCCUGAACCAUCAGCUCCGGUGAUAAAUAAGAGUCCAAUUGAGUUUUCUUCUAGAUCUUCAUCUCUUUCCAAUAGAGAGAGACUUCUUCUUCGAAAGCAGGCCUUAAGGAUGAAAAAGAUACCUAUCGUUCCCAUAGGAAAGAGCAAUAUUGUGGCCGGUCUUGAGGAAGCAAUCAAGAAUCUUUUGCGGAGGCACCCUUUUGUCAUAGUUAAUGUCAAAGGAAGGGCAAAAGGGACCUCAGUUCAUGAGUUGGUUUCCAUACUAGAGGAAGCAACAGGUGCAGUUCUAGUCUCUCAGGAGCCUAGCAAAAUCAUACUUUACAGGGGUUGGGGGGCGGGAACGCAACGUCACACCAACUCAAUUUAUAGGGGAGUAGCUGAAGACGGAGGAGCAAAGCCCAAUGUCUCUCCCGAGCUGUUGGAAGCUAUCAGAAUUGAAUGUGGAUUGCAGUAACAAACAGAAUAUUACAAUUCAAUACCGAUCAAGUAUCCACAAACAAAUUGCCAUGAUUUUUUCUUCAUGGCAGCCGUGGUCAUUGCAAUAUGAUUUAUAGAAAGACGGAGCUAUGUAGUCAUUGAGAGGCGAAUGGCUGAUAGCCGAUGAUUUAUGUUGAAAAUUUUGAGGGUGUCAUAGACAUUUACCAGUAGUGGGAAGAGAAACACCAAGGAAGAGCUGGAAAAGAAAUAUUACUGCAAACAAAAGGGAGAGCCGUCUUGAAGUCAUUAUUGUGUCCUUAAAUAGCAAGUGUCAGUUUCUGUGUUAAACAUUAAUCUUCCUCUGGGACUGAACAUGGAUGUUACAGUGUUACUCCAUUCCUCUGCCAUGCACCUUGUUUCUUUACAAUGCCUCAAGGUGAAUGGAUAGUGAUUUAGUGGGUGUAGAAGUGAAUACUAAAAUGUACUAGUAAAACUAUAACACAUGUAAAAACGAGGAUGGUAAAAAAAGAUAAUGUGUUUUAUAUUCAUGUGAAAAGAAUGAAAUUUGUCUCCAUUGAAUUGAAAUUUGGAGCUCCAAUAUCA